AUGUUCUCCGAGUUGAAGCGUUUCACAGUUUUGGCCCUUUACACGUGUGCUCUUUUCUUCUCGGUACCACUUUCGCUUCUUGUCUGGUUCGUUCGGCGAGAGCUCAUCAACGAAACAUCGGUCGCUGGCGAGAAGCAGCUUGGUGUCAUCACUGACAAGGAAAGGUCGGCCAACACUUCUCGCAAUAUCGAAACAACAACUUGUCCUGAUGUCCAACUCCGUAUCGAUUAA